AUUAAAUAAAUAUAAAGACACAUUGUUUAUAAUAGUAAAUAAAAAAAAAUGGAUUCUCUUUUUUAUAAAGUGUUUCACAAUAAAUUUCUAUUUUAUAAAAUAAUUAAAGAAUUAAAAAAUUUAAAUAGUUAUGAAAAUUAUAAAGUUGUUGAACUUUUUCAAAGAUACAGUACUGCUGAACAAAUUAUAAAAAAUAACAUUAAAAAAUACCAACCCUCUAUUGAAAUUUAUAAAAACAUUAAAAAAGAUAAUCAAGAAAAUUUUAUUUUUUACCAACAAUUAUUUACAGAACAUUACCAAAUUUACUCUUCAAAUUCUUCGGAACUAUAUAAAAUUAUUGACAAUUCUAAUAUUGUAGCUUUUAAAUCAUUUGUUAAAGUAUUCAAUUUAAAUGAUAAUCAAGUAUACGAAUCAGUAAAGAAAUUUUAUACAGAUGGAUAUAUCUUAAGAAGCUACCCCUGUAUGAUGCUAGGCCAAGAAUCUCCGCCAAAAAGAGAGAGAGAUAUUACAGACUACCAAGGUGUCAAGAUGUUGAAAUAUUUGUUAGAGGUUUACCAUCUCUCUAGCACUGGCUUUAGAUUAUAUUACAAAAUUAAGAAUUUUAUAAAACUAAAAUUAAAGAGCAUUAUCAAAUUAUCAAAUUUUAUAAUAAAAAAUAGACACCUAUUUGAAAACAAUCAAGACAACAGUUUAUAUUACCAAAAUAUUAGAAUAAAAUUAAAACCUAUCAACAUUAAUUUAAUUACAAGAAAUAAUCUAGAUUUUCAAAUUAAACAAUUUUCAAAAGAACAAUUAAAUUCAAACUUUUUUGGGCUUUUAGCAAAAACAACCAUCCCAUCAUCGGAUAAAAGCUUAAAAAAUUUACUCUUCAGCUAUUAUGAAAUAUCUACUUUUUGUAUACCACCAGCCGAACAGAGGGACCUGUUGAGAGAUGUUAUCGAAAAAUCAUGCAAACUAAAAUUAAACCAAUUUGAUAUUGAAGAGUUUUUAAAAGUAGAGUCAACUAGUUUAUUUAAAGUGUUCAUAUAUCAACAUACUGAAGAUAUGUAUUGGAAAAGUAGCUGUAGUGGUGAACCAGAUCAAAUUUCGCUUUUAGAAAAACAUUUAAACUAUAUUAUUUCAUCUGACGAAUAUUUAUAUCCAAAAUUAGUUGGUGCAACUAUCGAUCUUUUAAAAAAUGGUGAUCAAGGAACAAUUGAGUAUUUAGUACAAUUGAAGGAAAAAUUUUCAAGUUUCAAAAUAGUUUUAAAUCAAGCAACCAAUUCUGAUUAUGUUGGGCUAUCAAUAACUUCAAAAACAAUAUUGGAUUUUUAUUUCAACAAUUACAAAGAAAGCAAUAUGUUUAAAGAAAAAUCUCAAAUUUGGAAAUAUGUACCAAUUAUUAACAGUGACUUUUCAACUUUAGAAUAUUAUGAAAAUCAAAUGAAAAGUUUAAAUAAGAGGUUUUUGGUUACAAAUAUUGAACAUAAUAAAGAACCAAACCUCAAGGUAGAUAUAUCAACUCAAGAUGUUAUUGGUGAAGUGGAAAUGGACUCAAUAUUAGAAAAGCUAUUAAGAGCAAUUAAAAACCCCUCAGUUUAUCAAUUUGAUCCAGAUUUCGAUCUUUCAAGCUAUUCAAACUACCUUAUUAAAUAUUUCAAUAGUGGGGAUUAUGAAAAGAAACAUUUGGUUUUUUUAUUAUUUAAAGAAAUAUCAUUUAAAAACAAUGAACCAUUCAAUCUUUCAAAUGUACUCCAAUAUAGCCACCCAGGAUUAAAAAAUAAUUUUUUAAAUUGGAUUAUCGAUAACUAUUCUGUUGGUAAUGAAAAGAUCAUUUCUAAGAAAAGAAAAUCAUCCCUUGGUUUCGACGAUGAAAAUAAUAUUAUGGAAUUUAUAUCAAAUUUCAAUAUUUCAAGCAAUGAAGAAAUACAGAUUAGGUUUAAAAUAGGUGAAGAUAGCUUUUUCAAUUUCUUAUAUACCAGAGGUAAAUAUUCAGAAAUAUUCAAGCUAAUCAUUGAGGGAAUUAUGGAAAUUAACGAACCAACACAAACUGGUUUAUAUUCAUGGGGAUCAAAAUUUUUCAAGACUUUUUCAAACUACAAAGUGGAAUUUCUCGACUUAUUAAUAAACAACUUAUUAUAUCCAAAAAUAUCAAAUCCAAAACUAUUAAAAACAUUACAAAAUUGGUUCAAUUGUUUUUUAUCUUCAGCUGCACGCAAUGAAAAUAUAGAGUUCUUCGAUUAUAUUAAUACAUGUUAUACCUUUAACCAAAUUAAAAGUAUUUUUGAUAAAAAAGAAUUUUUACAAAUCAAUCAUUUUUUAUUACUCUAUAAAUCGAGAGUAGAAAUACACGACUUUGUCAAAAAGCUAGCCGAUAUAAAAUAA